AUGUCCUCCGCAUCGCGUUCGAGACGCACCCGCGCGCUCGAGGCGCUCGACCGCGUCGGCGAGAGCGCCCUCGCGUACGCCUUGUCCGGUAACGCGCGCGUCGUUCGCGAACAACUCAUCGAUCUCGUCGAGACGUACCCAUCGCUCACGAUAGAAGAAGAUGAGUUCUAUCACGUUGAUGGGUCGAGCGAGCGGUUGCUGUGCGUGAGAGGAACGAUACCGAUCGAUUACGCGAACGCGCGGUACAACAUUCCAGUUCGAGCGUACGCGCCGAGCGAUUUCCCGCGGGCGGCACCGAUGUUUUUCGUGACGCCGACGAGUGACAUGAUCGUGAAGCCGAAUCACGGGUGCGUGGAUGCGAGUGGGACGGUGGCAUUGGAGCGAGUGAUGCGGUGGGACGCGCGGACGGGACGCCUGAGCGAGGCGGCUGCGGCGCUCGCUCGAGUCUUCAGCGUGGAUCCACCGUUGUUUUCAAAGCCUAGGGUAGAGCGAGGGUACGUGGAGAGUACGUCGCCGCAGACAUUUUCGCGCUCGUCGUCCGGGGCCGGGGUGUCGUCGCAGGAGAGAGUGCCUUUUAGCGCGCAGCGUCGAGCGCCGCCGGGCGACUCGCCAAGGCAACGGGCAGCGGUGACGACGAGUCCCAUAGUAAGAGACUUCGAGGAGGCGCAAACAUGGUUCAGGGAGAAAGCAAUGAUUACGCUCAACGCGCGGCUGAAGGCUGGCGCCGAGCGUCAGUUAGAUUCGAGCGUGAACGUGAUUGAAAAAUUGUUGGCGCACCAGACGGAACUGUGUGCGAGAAAGAUAAGUCUAGAACAAGAGAAGAGGUCGAUUCGCGCAAUGUGCGAUCAAUUAGAGCGAGACGCCGUGCGUCUUAGAGAAGAAACAGUGCGACUACAGAGUUGGUUGGACGCGCAUCCUGAACAAGAGGAGCGAGUCAUCGAUCCGGAGUUGGCGUUCGCGGGCGCGGACGCCGUGAGUGCCCAACUUUUAGACGCGCACGCCAAGGACUCCGCUAUCGAAGACGCCCUCGACGCUUUGGACGAGCUCCUGAACGAGGGGAGGGUCGAUCUCGAUGAUUACCUUCGACAGGUGAAUAAGCUGUGUAAGGCGCAGUUCAUCGCGCGCGCGGAGGUCUUAGUCGUCUCCAAGACGCAACAGGAGCGAGGCGUACGGAACGGCUUGCAGACGCCGUCCACGUCGUCUCCCACCGAGCGCGUGGACAAACCUCUGGAAGUUGGAUUCGAUUUCUUACGCCCGACGUCCCGGACGUCAUCCAUCGGCGGUGCAACUUCGAAUCACACCGCCUGGCUCGACUAG